AUAAUCUCAAUCAUCUGCUCCGCCGUAACUUCUGUGUGUGCGACCGGAAUUUAAACAUGACGUUUUGAUAGAAUUGCUAUGACAUCACCGGAGUCCGUUGCACUUCCCGGGCUGAUAUUCGAUCUAAGAAACGACGAGUGCAUAAUGCGAACGUCCGUCGAUGCGUGAUUGCGGAUUCUGUCGUUUUGACAAUUAACGCCACACCUAAGUCACGCAAUUUAUUUAUCACAAACCUACAGGCACGUAUAUAUAUCUGUGGCGUACGCACUAGAAUAUUUCGUGUAGCUUGGCUGUGAUUAUCUGUAACUUUGUUCUGUAUGUAUGCGAUUCUCCAUCGGAGAUCGCACAAUCAAGUGUAUAGAAACAUUAGAAACGUAGAAAGACGAUAAUCUUCGGGCGAAACGUCUUUAUGAGAUCUCCUUCUCCUAACAUUCAGCAGAUUUACGCGUAGAGCGUGCUGCGGCAAAAAGUUGUAUUCAUGCCGUUUUGUCUGAGAGGUAACGCAACUUGCAAAAUGGAAGAAUAUUCUGUUGCAUCUGAUGUGUCAGUAGUGGACGUGUACGAUAUUGCAUCGGAGAUAGGGAAGGAAUGCGAGAAGCUCAUAGAUCUGUUUGGGGUGGAGUCGGUGACCAAUUUAAUGCCAAAGGUGAUAAACGCUUUAGAGCUACUUGAGAAUCUUGCUACUAAGAAUGAGCGUGAAAAUACUAUGGUGCAAGAGCUGAGUGCUAAGAUUUCUCAGCUUGAGAGCGAUAAGAUUGGAAAGGCUGAAGAUAGGCAACGAUUUGAAAAGGAAUUGGAACAAAUUGAGGAACACUGGAGACAAGAAUCACGCGAUUUAGUAGCAAUGGUUACUAGAUUACAAGAAGAAAACAGACGAUUAGCCGAAUCUCUACAUGAAUCACGUAGUGAUAGUCAGUACAGCAGUAAACAAACAACUAUCACAGCUAGUCAGGAGGUUGAUAUAGCAGUUCUACAACAUUUGAGGUCUAUGAUAGAUAAACAACGAGAGCAGAUCCGUGCUAGAGAUCGAGAAUUGUCACAAAAAACCGCAGAAAUUGAAAAUUUGAGUGCACAAGUGGAGAAACUUACCGUACUGGGACGGGAAUUGAAACGUAAACAACGACAAGCGCAAAUGCAAGCUCGAGGUUUAGUAGAAGAAAGAGCUGACUUUUUAGCACAACUGCAGGAUCAGAAUCGGGAACUUAUAAAUCUUCGGGGACGGCUUGGCAUGGCUAAGAAAGAAAAUGAGGAUUUGAGUAAAUUACAAGGCUGUCCUGAUUUGACGAACAAAGCAAUUUAUGACCUGGAUGAUCCUGAUAGGCCCAGAUUCACGACUGCCGAACUAAAAGAAAUUUUACACGAGCGAAAUGAAUUGAAAGCAAGAGUUUCGGAUCUCGAAGACGAACUAGAAUUAUAUAGACCAAAACCUGAAAUUCCUGAGGAUGACAAAGAUGCACCCGUGCAGGGGCCGCUUCCUUAUGAACCAGAUGAUGCACCAUGGAAAAAAUCCUCUGAAUCUGGAAUUCGUAAAUUCUUCCGAAAAAUAUUCUCUGAGUCUAGCAGCAGCUUUCUCGGAGGUAGUAGUCCCAGACGAAGUCUUUCUAGUCUUUCAAAAAUGGCCCUAUCUGGUAACAGUACCUGUGAUACAUCUAUAUAAUGCUUUUUUAAAAAUGCGUUGGAUAAUUUUAAGUAAUUAGAACUUGUCGAGGACGACAACCAAGGAUGACGUGGCUUAGGACUAGACUUUUUAUUUACGUAACCACAUUCUCUGACUGCUCGAUAUACAUACAAUUUUACAUCAGAUAUUUUAAUGUAGAGAUAGCAAUUCCUGUAAGAAAGAUAGUUGAUAUUGUUGAGACCUGGUUCAUAAUAGAUAGAUGUGCAUGCAAUGAGCGAAUAGAGGAAAUAUUAGAUUUGUAUAAACCUAUAAUACAACAGAAGAAACCUGUAUGCAUGUACAUAAUUGUAUAGAUGUAAAAAAAAAGACAAUGUGUAUUUAGCUGCACGACCUUAGUACAUCAUAACAUUUCUCAUUUUUUCCGUUUACUCCCCUUUAGAUGUUGAAUUCAUUGAAAUUAAUAGAUACGUAGGAUAUUCGUAAUGUAUGUAAGAAAAAGAUAGUGAUCAAAUAGAAAAAAAUAUUCCAGUUUUUUCAAACUUACUAGGUGCGUGUAGUUUUAAAUGUACAUUGAUGAGGUUCUAAUUGUGUCUAAUGUGAAACAGGUCUCGUUUUUCUAUAUAUAU